UUUAGUUGUACUCCACAGUAAUCAGUAAUUUCGUCUGUUUGGUUGUUUUCGGUAUUUAUUAGUUGAUUUCGAGAAAUUUAUAGCUUUGUGUUGAAUGAAAUUAGACAUUCAGUUAGGAAAAGAAGCAUAUUUCGAUUUUGUGAGAAUCCGUCAUUAGAUAUCUGGAAGAAUUUCGGCUCGAUAAGAAAUCCUAAUGCUAGUAUGACGACGGCUUGUGGUGAACAAUAACUAAAUAAUUGGUGUCCCUGUUUAACACUUCGAUGGAAUCUAUCAUUCACUGAACACAACGCACAAUGUUUGAAGGAAAACAUAUUCAUUUCAGUCCUGUUGACCAGAAACCACUAUGUUCUUUCUCAACCAAACUUUGUCGGCAAAGGAGGCUUAAUGGCUUUGCUUUCUGCAUCAGACAUAUUCUUGAAGAUUCUUCUGCUCCAUUCCGAGUUUGCUCGUUUGUGGCAUCUACUGGUCAAAACAAGUGUACUAAUGUAAUUUCCAUGGCUCAUCCAAAAGGGCUGUGCAAUACCCAUCUUCAAUUAGCUGGUUUUCCUGCAGCUAAAAGAGACCGCAGGCAUACAAAGAAGGAAAAUGGCCAAAAUUAUUCUGCAUCUUCACCCAAUGAAAAAAUGAGCAAUCAAUCUAAUGAACCAACAUCUUCUUCUAUGGAGAUGAGUGAUGGAGAUCCAUACACAUUCAGUGAUGACACUGAGCUCAUUACCAAACCAGACCAGAUUCUGUCUGAAAUCCACCAAAAACCCUCAGAUAUGAAUAACCCACCUCACAAUAGUCCAUUGGUUAUUGAACCAUUGACUCCAAGCAGUACCAGCAGCAGUAGUGUUGACAGUAACACUGAAAUCAAUGUUUGCAAAAGUUUACCUGCUGUACCACCCUUGGGUAGUAAUGGUAUGAAAGCCAACUCUCGGAUAAAGUCGGAGGUCAAGUCGAAAUCUAUCAUAAUAUCAAGAAAGAAGAAACCCAUUAUUAGUGCAGUGGCACUGAAACCAUCUGGAGGAAUUUAUCCACUUCCAGCCGUUUUACAACAGCUAGAUAAUUCAAUUAAUGGGAACAAAACCCAGUACCUCUUGCCUAAACCUAUUGAUGAAUCGGAUGACGAAGAAAGUUCUUCUUUUGGUGGUGGUUUAUCUCAAUACAUCUCUGCUAUUCCACUCCGUUCCACAACGGACGCUCCUCGGGCAGUAAAGCUAGAGCGAAGCAAAAGAGAAUUUCGACACAGAUAUCUCCAAUUUUCCCAAACGAUCGAUGCAGAAGAAAAGUUCCGUGGCGAGUAUCAGUCAACUGUUAUUAAUAAACUCGUAGAAGCGGCUCGUCGCUUUCCAAAUGAGACUGGUUUGUUGCUGCAAGGACGCAAUCCCACUAGCUCCUCGACUGGAUUCAAUCCUUCCAGUCUAAAGAUCUUCUCCAAACGUCGGUGCAGCUUUCGUCGCGCCAGUUCAGGUCAUCUUACAACGGACUCUGGAUGCCCCGAGUUCUGUUUGCCCUGCUCAACGCUGUGCAGUCGACACAUCCUUUAUAGCGUUGAUCAACAGUUGUUUGAAUUUUGCUCUGCUCGGGGAGGAUCAGGUUCAACACCGUGCGGAGCCCCAGUUUUGGCUAUUCAUUCAGGCCUACCAUAUUGUCCAGCACAUGCUGUUCAAGGUGACGGAAAUGGUAACAGUUCUUCGGUUUCAGCCAAUACGCCUAAAAAUGUCGAAGGCAGCGACCAAAUGAGUAAUAAUGGAGGUAACCAAGGAAGUGUGUCCAGUAAAACCAAUCGAAGAAAAGCACGUUCCCGCUCAACUUCGUCAUUGGGACGUCAUUCUCGCCGACUUCGCAAUCGUCGCCGAGCUAAGCGAAUUGGGUCCAGUGGAGGAAGUGAGACUCGUAUCCACUGCAUCGAAGCAGCCGACAAUGGAAUGGAACUAGAUGUGGAGACUGUUGAUAGUCCCGAAAACUGUUCACCAGCCUAUCCAACGCCGGCACAAUUGAUACCUCACACUGCACACCCUGUUAUCAAUCCUAUGGCGGCUUCUGUUGAUCAUGAAGCGGAAAUUCUAGAAGAUCACGACUUAAAAGAGUUGCUCAACCGUCUGCCUGACGAAGCCUUUCAGGAGAUAUUUGCCAUGACACAAGCUGCUGCUUCUUCAUCUCGUAACGGUCUAUUUGUUCCCAUGCCAAGCCGCGAAGAAGCUGAAGAGUUGGAGCGUGUUCUAGCUGUAGCCGAAAGCGCAACAAUGGGUGGCGUUGGUCAUCCAGAAUCCGAUCUGAGUGACUUAUCAUUAAUUGACGAUCACACUUUGGCUUUGGCUCAUGACCUCAUUACCUUGGGUGCCGGGGCUUCAGCUCAAAGUAUGAUUAUGGGUAACGAUGCAUCGGUUUCAAAUCAUCUCUACCUGGACAAUCUCAGUAUUCCUCAUCAAACAAUCCAUCCAGACGUUUAUACAACAGAAGAAGCCUUUUCUUCUUCGCCUAUGCUGUCCAGAAGAAAGAGCCUAUCGAUGAUUCCUGCUGGGCAACACGCCAGUCCUGCCAGGGGCUCUAGCCCACCGAGUCUGAACCAGCAUCACCAUGACAGCAGUUUCAUCGAUGAUAGAGAAGGUUCUGCUGCUCAUCCAUUGUAAAAUAAUAAUAAUAAUAGAAAACUAGGAGAUAAGGGGCAGAUACAUUAACAGUUUAAAUGUUGAUCUAUGCUAGCACUCCCUAGAACCCUACGUUACUCUUCCAAGAUGAAUUAAUUGGCUAUCCUACUUUACGUAUAACCUUUUUAAAUAAUUUGAUUCAACGAAGGAAAGGUAUGAAACGGGCAAAACAAAAACAAACAAAAAAAACGAUCCAGAAAACCAACCCUUUACUGAUAUUCUCAUCACCUGUACGGACCCUCUGUGUAGUAGAUGACAUGCUAAUGUAGCUGCACUACGGGUACUUUAUCUUCGACUCUGUUCACUACAUUCACAUGUUCAGUUUCUCUUCUUGGGUUGUUUCUCCUUUGCGUGUCACCUAUUCCCCCUCCACCUGACGUUUAUAUAUUGUAUUGCUGUGCACCAUUGUCAUUAGUCUUGUGCAGUUGGUUCUCUCUGAGCUAUGUGAUAUUUAUUUGCCGCAAGAUCCAGAAAACGCCGCUGUGUUUUUUUUGUGGGUUCUCUUUUAAUAUUUCACGUGAAAACAUGGAACAAAAGGUCCCAAACACUGGAAAGAAGAAGAAAAGAAGUUGAUUGAUUGGCUCGCUGGAAUGGACCAGGGGAAUUCACCUAACAUAUUUAUCACUCUCUCUACCUGUAUCUAUUCUGUCUUCAUUUAAAUACUGUUAAGCGCUGUGUGUCACUUGGUGGAUGUUCAGUUGUUCAUGUUAACACGUAAUGGAUAUUUUCCAAGUCAAAAUAGAAGUCGCCCCGGGUGGACUGAUUGCCAUUAACGCAAAGCAGUCACUUGGGGAGACUAGACGCUUUUUUUUAAAUGCGAAUCCUAUAUGAAACCAAUAAGUUUGUCCAUGGAUUCUUCCGAUGUUCUUUGUAUAACCUUGUACGUGUUGCGUCGCCAACCUGCGUUUGUUCGUUCACGUCUUGUGUACAGAAAUGCGAAAUACAAAUGGUGAUCGUUCUCUUAA